GACAAAUCAAUCGCACCCAUUAAAAAAACCCUCAAAAUGGCGACGUAAGAAACUGGCUCAGUCGGAAGUGGCACUGUGUUACGGGAAUAACAAUAAUAAAGAAUAAAACAGUGUAAACCUAAUGUUGGAAUGGAGCAGAUACACAAAGAUGCUCUGCGCCGGACGCGGGUGGCUCUGGUAAAAGACUUGGAUGUGGACGUGAUUUGUGACGAAGUCUUGACCCAUGAUAUUUUCACACAACUGAUGAUGGAAUACAUUAUGGCAGAGCGAACGCGCAUUGACAAAGUACGCCGUCUCUUGGAUGAUCUGGUCAGGAGGGGACCGAAUGCUUAUCGUGCAUUUAUUCAAGUUCUCAAUGCAACUGGAUACAAGUUCUUAGCAGAUAAAAUUCUUCAGAAUGAGGACAUUGUUCGGAGAGAGAAAGAACCAAAUACUUCAUUUCCAGUACAAGCAACUAAUGAAAUAUUUUCAGAAAUUCAUCCCUCUAGCAUUAGUAGUGGAUUCACAACUUCUAACUUAAACAACAAUGCCAGAAACUCAUUGAUUGGGCCAGUAAAUAAUAACAUGCAACAAAAUCCUGUGUCUUUAGGAUCAUCAGAAUCAAACCUAAGUUCCAACUUGUCUUCUGUGAGUCAGUCUUGCUCAGAACCUAAUUCCAAGACAGGAGUGGGUGGUUUAACUGUUCAUGAAAUGGCAUCAACAUUGUCCACUCCCAGUGAAUCCACCGAUGAUGACACGCUGGAUCUUUUAUCAGGGUCACUAAAUCCAACAAGCAUGGAUGUGGAUGACGAUGUCGAUUCUAGAACUGAAGAACUUCUCCUGAGAGACACAGGCAACGAACAUGGUCACCCGAGUAUCUCAGAGGGAUACCCCGUUCAGCCGACAGACACAAGCCACACUGCAUACAAUUUUGACCCACCAUUUACAAUGAUGAGCUUUUAUGAACAGAGUAAAAGUCUUGAUAAGUGUUACAUGAUGGAGUCGACCCCUAGAGGCAUUGUUCUCAUAAUCAAUAAUAAAGAUUUUGGGCAAAACCAUAAAGAACGCACUGGGACUGAAUAUGACUGCCAGAAACUAACAGAGCUGUUUAGAAAUCUAAGCUUUCAAGUGUUAGAGAAGGAGAACUUGACAGCAAUGGAAAUGAAAGAAGAACUUAAAGCUUUUACGCAAAACAGGCAGCUACAAGCUGUAGACUGUCUGGUUCUAGCUGUUUUGUCUCAUGGAAACAGUGACAAGAUAAUAUGUGGAAUAGAUAGUGAAGGAAUAGAUAUUUAUGAACAUGUAUUCCCCCUCUUUUCAGCCAAAAACUGUCGUAUGAUGCGUGGCAAACCAAAGAUGUUUAUUUUCAAUGCAUGUAGAGGAGUCAAGAAUGGAGAGUCAUUUGAUACCUUCAGACCACAGACAAGUCGAACAACCAUACCUGAAAAAGAUCAGCUCCAGAGAGAUGGACCAAAUAUCGAGCCAUCCGACAGUCAAGUAUUAGAUAUGCAGGACCUUCUGUUGUGCUUCUCCACGUUUCCAGGAUACACUUCUUACAGAGACCCAAACCAAGGAAGCUGGUUUAUUCAGGAGUUUGUCAGUGUGUUUCAGGAACAGUGCAGCACUGAGCACGUCAUGGACAUGUUGACUGAAAUUAAUAGAAGAGUCUCACAGAAAAAACAUUCUGAUCAGGCAGCAGAAAUGUGUGUCCAGAUGCCAUUCCCGUCUAGCUCACUGACAAAGAAGUGGUACAUCAAUCCUCUCUAGCUCGGGAGACAAACUUUGGAUUCUUAUUAAGUUGUUGUUUGAAUACCAUAUAUUUUAAUGGUAUUGCUCCAUCAUUACGUUUACAAGCGUGAUUAGAAAAUGUUGGACAAGAUGGAUGGAGAUUAUUUUAAAAUAUUGUCACUGUAUGAUUAUUUUUACAUCUUAUUUUUACACUAAAUCAUAUGAAUAAUCUUGUAAGUAUAUUUUAAAAAGAUCAUGCAUAAAGGUGUAUUCUUUCAAAGACAUGCUGUUUCUGCAUCAGUAUGUUACAUAAAUCACAUUUUCCAGUAUAUGUUAAGACAAGAGGAACUUGUAAAAAUUUCAUCCUUUCAGAAUCUCCUGGUUUUAGGGUAGUUGUCAAGAUUUACAGGACAUUUACUUUUCAUUUUCAUGAAGACAUUUGUGGAGUGAAAGAUUUGUUUGAAGUACAGAUGUACCUGUGUAUCACAGUCAUUUCAUGUACUGUACAUAAAUAAGAUAUAAAUAUAGAAAAUGCCAGUACUGAGUAUGUAUGCAUACUAAAUGUUAAAAAUAUGCAAAACAUUACAUUGCUAUUUUCAACUGAUUGAAUACUGCAUAGGUAAUAUAAUUGUGAUUUUUAACCCAUUGUGCAUUGGAUUCACAUAACAUUUUCUAUUUAUGGAUGUUAGAAUACUUGUAGCAUCAGGCCGGGAUUUUUCAAAAUGAACUUUAGUCGAAACUUGGACUAAAGUCUAAGAUUAAGUUUACUCAAAUUUUGACUGCUCAAAUAGAGAAAAACUCAAACUUGAAGUUUGAGGUUUUGUUGUCAAGAAAUCCAAGUCAGAUCCAUAUAUGUGAUGUGAAUUGCAAUGUGAAAUGGAAAAUGACAUGCAUGUACUUCCAACAAAAUAAUGAGUCUACCACUUAUUUUAGUUGAUUAGAAUAAAGCAGUAUGUGGUGGUCAUACAGGGGGAAUUAUAUAAUUUGUAAAAUACACAUAUACCCCAUUCAAUGAAGAAUUUCCAUUGAAUUCAUAUUGUAAAUUCUUAUGUUCACUGGAAUUUGUACAUCAGCCUUUCCAUGCAGCAUUGCAAUUUAUUUCCGUCAUUUGAAGAAUGAAUUUAAUUUCAAAAAUACAUGAGGGCAUGAACUGCAAUGCUUUACGCCAGCAUGCUUUGUGAAGAUAGGCUUCAUGAAGAUUGUUAGAGCAUUAUGAAAAGUAUGCUGGCAUGAAGUGUUGCUAUUCAUACCCAUGUAUUUUCAAAAAAGAAAUUUUAUUUUUUAUAUUUACAUUUCUUUUCAUUUUUGUUGGAAUAUUCCCAGCUGUUAAAAUAGUUGUAUUAUGCUUUUCAAGAUUCAUACUCACCUCAUUCACAUUCAUAAGGAAAUGACUAUCAUUACAUUGGCAAUGUAAAUACUGUAUAUACAAUUUGAACACAAAGCAAAUUCAAAUACAUGUAUGCAUUUAAUAUACAUGUAAAUCCCGCAUUUUAAUAUGUACAUAUUGUUGUAGGGAAAUGUUCGCUAGCCAUGGGUUUACGAUUCACUCUUAUAGCUUAAACUGAAAUUCUCUUGUGUAAUGCAUUCUACAGUUGUGUAUCAAUGAGUAAAAUUCGUAUAUUUUUCCUUUUAACGACACUUGCUACAAACUUUUUCCAAAAAUAAUGAAAAUGAGAACUAUUAUAUUAUUAUUAAUUCAAUAACUGAAUGGAAUGUAAUUUAUUUGUAUGAUUUCUGAAUUACGUCCAAAACAGUGGGAAAAUCUGUCUAGAGUUAUAUAGGGAGAGGUAAUACACUUCCACUUUUGAACAUUAUAUAGAAAAGUUUCAGGUCCCUUAUUUUGAAGGAAUUUUAUACACCAUUUGUGUUUUAUUACAACCAAACUAAGCCAUAAAAUAUAUAUCAAUCCAUGGUAUGCAUCCAUUUUUUUUAGUUUGUAUCAAGUGUCCAUAAAAAUAUUAUUCGUUAUCUUCAUGUAACUCAAAUAAAAAAUUUAAACAGUUUUAAAGAAAUCGUACCUAAUUUAGAGCAGUUCUGCAAUUACAUGUAUAUAAAUAACCCUUCCUAUGAAUUAGAUUGACAACAGAAGCACAAGUUUUUAUGUGCAUCUUCAAAUUUUUUAUUUAAAAAAAAAAUAACCCCAACUAAAUAACUAUUAACUAUGCUCUGAUUCUAAAAUGUGUCGAUAUCUUACUACACAUGCCCUGGCAGCAAAUUCAAGUCAUUGUUCUCGGUUUCUAAAUAAAAGAAUAUCAAACAUGA